AUGAGGGGGCUUCUCCUUUGCUGUUUUGUGGCCCUGGCCACGUGCCAAAGUGUCCGUUAUGAGCUCAGCCUGAACCCCAAGAAGACCUACGAGUACAGAUAUGAGGGUGUGGUGAACUUCGGACUUGGCAUGCCAAAUAUGGCCGAGUCUGGCGUGAGAAUGACGUGCAAGGUUAACAUCACUGGUGUCUCUGCACAGACGUUUGUCCUUAAGAUUUCCAAUUUAGUCUUUGAGGAGUUCAACGGCGUUCCGGGGAAGAACAGCUUCACUGCCUCGCCAAAGCUCAGCCAACGCAUUGCUGCCCAGCUUGUCAAACCCAUCAUGUUUGACUAUGCCAGUGGACACAUCAGUGACAUCCGUGCCUCGGCUGACGUCUCUGACACCGUAGUCAACAUUGUGAGGGGGAUACUGGGUUUCUUCCAAGUCACUGUCAAGACCACACAGAGGAUCUAUGAACUGGAGGAAGUUAGCAUCCAUGGCAAGUGCCAGAGCAGCUACGCUACAGAAGAAAACAAGGAAACAAAGGACAUGACCAUCACUCAGGUUGUGGAUCUCAGCAACUGCAGGGAGAAAGCCGCCAUCUACAGGGGAAUGGCUACUGCUGUGCUCGAUCACGUCGCCAAGCAGAGAGGGGAAUCUGUGGUUUCCUCAGUGAGAUAUGUUUACACCGUCAAACCCACAGCAGAGGGAGGCCUCAUUACCAAGGCUCAUGGUCUGGAGCGACAGUACUUCAGUCCCUUCAACGUGAAGGGCGGCACGUUCAAGAUGCAAGCAACGAAGGACAUAGUGCUGCUCAGUGAGAGCGACACAGAGAGGGCGGUCAUGUUCGGGCCAGGGGAGAGCAAGGGCAACCUUGUUUACAAGUUUGUCAAUUCCAUGGUCAAUAUACCAGUGUUGAUGCAGAACCUGGAUGACCCAGUACCAAAGGCUAUUGCACUGAUCAAACGUCUGGCUGACGUGAACAGUUAUCAGAUUGACGUUGCAACGUCUGAUGACACACUGAAGGUUUACCAGCUCCUGCGGGUAAUGCCUUAUGAAGGAUUAGAGCAAAUGUGGAGACAGUUUAAAGGAAAUGAAGAAUAUCGACGCUGGUUUUUAGACAUGAUUGUCGAGGUUGGUGAUGUUAGAGUCCUGAAGUUCCUGGAAGCGCGGUUUCAGGCUGCAGAGUUGUCUGCAACUGAAGCCCUGCAAACCUUUUUGUUGUCAAUGAACCAUCUCGACCCCAUUCCUGAGUUGGUUGAAAUGGCUAAAAUGUUCCUGAACAUGCCCUUCACCAAAUCAAACACCCAUCUGUGGCAUACAGUGGUGCUCUCCUAUGGUUCUCUGGUGUAUAAGCACUGUGCAUAUCACACACCUUGUCCAGUAGAUGCUGUUCAGCCUCUGCUGGACAUGGCCCUGGAGGCUCUGAAGAACAGCAAUGACACAGAUAUGGUCCUUGCAAUGAAAGCUCUGGGGAACGCGGGUCAUCCGGGCAGCAUUAAAACCAUCAUGCGCUUCCUCCCUGGAGUCGCAGCCACGGCCGUCGACCUGCCGCCUCGGGUGCUAAGUGCCGCCGUGCAGUCCAUGAGACUGAUCGCUGCUAGAGACCCCCACAGUGUCCAAGAUAUCAGCAUGACUCUGUUCCUGCAAAAGAACCUUCCCGCUGAGAUCCGCAUGUUGGCCUUCAUGGUGCUGUUUGACACCAAGCCAUCGAUGGCUCUGGUGUCCACCGUGACCUCACAUCUACAGCAGGAGGACGACCUCCACGUUGUCAGUUUCACAUACUCCUACCUGAAAAGCAUGGCCAGAUCCAGUACACCGGACAAUCACUUCCUUGCGACCGCCUGCAAUAUGGCCGUGAAAAUCCUGGCCCCUAAAUAUGGUCGUCUGAGCUAUCACUACAGCAAAGCAGUGCGAAUGGACUGGUUUAACGAUGAUUUCCUAAUCGGCACAGUGUCCGAAGUCUUUAUGCUAAGAAGUGCAACAAACCUCUUUCCCACGGAAAUCAUGAUGAAAGGAAAAUUUCAUUUCAUUGGUAGAAUUCUGCAGCUAUUGGAGUUGGGUAUCCGCGCCGAAGGGAUUCAGGAGUUGUUCCGCUCUGGCAUCCCCUCGUUUAGAGGAGAUCUGAGUUACAAUGACCUCCAGGCCGUUCUCGACGUGCUGAAAAACUGGGAAAUUCUCCCCAGUGAUAGGCCACUCAUGUCUGCCUUUGCACGUGCUUCUGGACAAGAGUGGUUCUUCGCUGAUAUGAACAGAGACUUCCUUCAAUAUAUCAUCAGGGCUGUCAGUCCCGCUGCAGGGAAGGAAAGCCCUGUGUGGGAUGUGAUUGAGAGUUUAAAGAAGGGAGUAUCGUGGCACAAGACCAAGAUGUUCUUGAUAUUUGAAGUGCGUUACUUCCAAGCAACAACUGUGGGUCUCCCAGUGGAGAUUAGCAAAUAUUAUGGAUCACUCAAUGGAAUCACUGUUAACGCCAAAGCUGCCGUAUCUCCACCUCUCACUGAACAUCUUGGACAACUCCUGACUUCCGACAUCACGCUGGAGUCUGAUGGUUUUGUCGGUUACUCAAAAGAUUUUUUCCUUUACUACGGGAUCAACACAGAACUGUUCCAGAGUGGCACUGAGGUUAAGGCCAAAACCCCCCUCAAUAUUCCAUGGAGGUUUUCUGCCAAGAUCAAUAUUCCUAAAAAGAAGUUUGAACUUGACAUCCCGGCAUGCAAACAAGAGAUUGAAGUCCUUUCAGUCAGCUCAAAUGUGUACGCAGUCUCUAGGAACAUCGAAGAACCGACAAUGGAUAAAAUUACCCCGAUGAUGCCCAAAGAUAUCGACUCAAACCAUGAAAUUGUCCACAUGGACCCUUCAGUUGUGAAGCCUGAAUCUGAUCAGAUGAUGAAAACAAACACCUGGCAUCCACUUACCAAAAUGUGCGCUGAGAGCAACAUCUACGGCGCUGGUCUGUGUGUGGAAUCGGAGCUAAGGAGACAGUAUUAUCACGAGGAGUACCCCUUGUACUAUUUCUUGGGAUACACACACUUUGCAGUCAAAGUAGCUCCAGUCCAGGGAAAGAAACCUGUUGACAAAAUCCACUUUGAGGUCAACGUCAAUCCGAGCAGACAUCCAACGAGCGCAUACCAGGUGCUUCAGACUCUGCGGAAGCUUUCCCAGGGAGCCACUCAGCAAGUGCAUCUGUCCUCUGAUUCUGCCUCGAGCGCCAGAGGCUCUAAUCACAGCCGCCGUGACAGCACCGUGGAAUUGUUGGACUCGACACCUGAGGCUUUGUUCACCAUCAAGGCUCUGGCCUUGAGUAGCAGUGAGAAGCCAGAGGGAUAUGACGCAGCCAUGUACUACACACGUGAAGCCGAUGUAAAGAACAGCCAAAUUAUCGCGUCCCAGGUUGGAGAGGACACCAACUGGAAGAUGUGCAUGGACACCACUGUGAGUGGCCAUGCCCGGGCGCAGGCACACAUCGCAUGGGGAGCUGAAUGUCAGUCAUAUGAAAUGUCAAUGACAGCUGCGACUGGACAUCUGCCUGGUGCCAUGCCAACGCUCAAGGCCAAAGUACAUUGGACCAGGAUCCCAGAGAGCCUGGCUGAGAUUGGCAGGAGAAUCGAGAGCUACAUCCCAGGUAUCGGUUUCCUUCUCGGCUUCAACCAGGAACCUGAGAGAAAUGCCAAGCAGGAGGUUUCUGCGUCGGUUGUUGCUGCCUCAGCAGACAGCCUCGAUGUGAAGAUUAGACUCCCAGAGUACACAGUCUACCGCAAGGCCAUGCCAUUCCCUCUGCCACCUGCCAGUUCUGACGAGGUUCAACGCGACACAACAAACACAACCGGAGAUGGACUGGGACAUGCGUAAAAAUAAAUAAAUGAGGACAACAAAGCCCAGUUGGGAGCCAGAUGUCUCUUCUCACAAUGAUAACAUAGGAAUCUCACGACCGAGAUGAAAUUAAGCAUCAUAAACGAUAUCCGUCAUACCUUCAAUGUCACCAGUUUAAAAACAACCCAUAAAAAGGUCUUAAUUUAUUCAUGUGAAGGCACGUUCAUU